GCUCAACGAAGCCCACGUUCAAUGCCUCUAUGUCUUGAGUCCUACAGGGGAAUGAGAGAAUUCUCUCGGGCCGACUCCGAUUUCACAACCCAACGCCAAGCAGGUGCUCCCUGAACGUCUGCUCAGGUCGGAGAAUGCACCGGUCGCGCUUCAAGACACUGUCCAUAGCAUCUUCUCGCGAUGGGGUUGUUUGAGCGCCGGUCGUCAAGGGCAGGCCUCGAAGACGUUGAGCGACCAGCCCCCCCUAAGCGGUCCAACUCCAACAACACGAACACGAAUACUCCUCCCCCUCCUGUCGAGUCGACCGGUAAUGGACCCAGCAGAGCCGGCGACACCUCCGAGUCAGGACUGUCCUUUGCAAAUAGGAUGCUGGCAUCCAAACACAAUAUAAAACUAUCUGCCCUGAAAAAUGACUCACACUCAUCUCACCAUGCAUUCCAUUUUCUCCCUCAUUCCUCCACCAAUUCGAGGGCUUCUUCUGCCAAAACCUCCUCCAGCUCUCUGCAGGCAUUGAAUGAAGAUCCAGUAACCGACCCCUUGAAAGGUCUGGACCAUCCACAUUUGGGAAGAAGAUUAUCCCAGCAGCUUGAACAUAAUUUACGACCUCUUUUACCUACCACCCAACAUGUCAACACCUCUGCCGACCUACCCGUUUAUCCGGAUCAGUCUUACGCCGUCCUACAGUCUCAAGUCUACCCACCUCCGUAUAAACCUUUUCUUCGAGGUCGCAGCUCCUAUCCAUCUCAUGUAGAGCACCCCAGGCACCGUGAGCAUUCGCUGUCGCUAGGUGCUCAUACCCUGGACAAUACACCUGUUACGAGUCCAGGUCUAUUUGGGGGCCGAAGCGCCCGCACUUCUCCGUCGGUCGGCUCUGACGACGAAGCGUUCACAUUUAGCCCUUAUCUGCACCCAACCCACCUUCAGCCCCCGAAAGAAACACAUACUGCCGAAGUUGAGCGCGAUCUGCAAACUGGCAACAAACUGAUCAACGACUACGAAGUGCUGGAAGAACUCGGUCGAGGAGAACAUGGCAAGGUCAAACUGGGCCGUCACUUGCCCACCAAGCAACCAGUUGCCAUCAAGAUUGUCCAGCGCUACUCAAAGCGCCGCCGCCUAGGAAAAUUGGGAAACCCGGAAGACAAAGUUAAAAAAGAAGUAGCUAUUCUUAAGAAAGCUCGACAUCCCAACGUGGUUAGUCUUCUAGAGGUCAUCGAUGACCCAAACCGCCAAAAAGUGUAUAUUGUUCUAGAAUACGUCGAAAACGGAGAGAUCAAGUGGCGGAAAAAGGGCAUCAAGGAGAUCGUCCACGUCGACAAGUUACGUUUGGAGCGAGAAAAGAACGGCUACCCGGACUCACCCUUUUUCGAGGAAGAAGGCCAACAGUUAGUUCGCGCCCUUCAGGCUCAACGGAAAUUCAGGGAAAAAAAUCGAGAGAAAAGGCGCGCACAAACUCAGACCCAUAAUCUACAAAACAUACCCGCCUGGAGUUUGGAACAUGGUGGCGAAUCAGAUGAAGAAUUUGGCCCGGAAUUGUCAUUGGCACGCACCCUCAGUCGUAAUUUGGCCUCACAUGAGCCAGUCGAGAAUCAUAUAUCGCCAAGUCAGUCGUACACAAGCUCGACAUCGGAGCUAGAACGCCACAUGCGUGAUGCCAACUUGGCAGCUGUUGAGGGUAGCAUGUAUGGUGCGUAUGCGUCGGACUAUCCAUUUGAGCGACGAUAUAGUACAGCAUCAAGUUUAUUAGGUUAUUCAUCAUCGGAGGCUGACUACUUUAACGACGACGAUGACAUGUCAUACGUUCCUUGCUUGACAAUCGAAGAAGCUCGCAAUGCUUUUCGAGACGCAGUACUUGGUUUGGAGUAUCUGCAUUACCAGGGCAUCAUACACCGUGACAUCAAACCAGCAAAUCUACUAGUUACCUCUAAAGGUCAGGUCAAGAUUUCCGAUUUUGGCGUAUCCUAUCUCGGCAGACCAAUUAGGGAUGAAGAUGAAGAGCAGGUAACUGAGACCGAUGCCACCGAGCUAGAUGAUGCCCGAGGCGAACUCUCCAAGACUGUCGGCACUCCGGCUUUCUAUGCACCGGAGUUGUGUUAUAGUGGUGACGAUUAUGUUGACGCUAACGGCAAGGGUCCUAAAAUCACAGGUGCUAUCGAUAUUUGGUCUCUAGGGGUCACUCUCUAUGGCAUGAUUUUCGGACGGUUACCCUUUGUCUCUGAUGAUGAAUACGGCCUUUUUCAAUCGAUUGGGAAAAAUGAGCUUUUUAUUCCCAGUAAGCGCCUCAAACCGGUUGAAGUCGAUCUGCCGAAGGUCAAUGCCGAACAUCGCCCAGCAGUGAUGAACUGCAACAAGCGUCUGGACAAUGAGUUCGUCUACGAAGACAUUGAUGAAAAGCUACGAGAUCUUCUACAACGUCUUUUAACCAAAGACCCUCAAAAACGCAUUACCAUCAAAGAGAUCAAGACCCACGAAUGGAUUCUUGAGGAUUUGAAAGAAGAUCCUGCAGACUGGGUUGUAAAGACUGACCCGCAAAGCAAGGGCAAUCGGAUCGAAGUAUCGAACGAAGAAGUUACAAGUGCAGUCAGCAAAGUUCCCUUUGUCGACCGCGUUCGCUCGCAAAUGGCUAGGUGGUCAGGCUACAUUGUGGGUCGGCGAGAAAGUCGUGGCCAACCCAAGAGGACUGCAAGCGCUGCAGGGACCUCCGCUGAAUCAUUUCUCUCUUCUCGAGAUAGAAUCGGUGGUCGCCGAGCUAGUUUACGCGGCGAUGAGGAUAUCCAUCGGUCUAUUAGAACUACGAGAGAAUCAGAUCAUCCGUUGUCCCAGAGUGUAACUGCUAGCCCUGACGAUCCAUCUGACCGACGUUCAUACUUCCAUCAAGAGGAAAGCCAUGUAUCAUCGUCAUCAUCCGCCACCCAUCAAACUCCGAGACCUCACCUUCCGGGGCGUUUCCCCUCAUCUAUGUCGAGCGCCGCCUCGACAAAAACCGUCAGGCCGCCGUCUCCGCCCUCGUACACCGGAAUGUCGACGUUUCCUUCUAGUGAGACUCCACAGGAGAUUGUUCAUCCCAGUUCGUCUAAUCUCGAUGGAAUCUUCACUGGAGCUGGUCGCCGAAGAUCUAAGGAACUCGGCGACGACGACGAAGAAAGUUCGGAACGGCCUCGACUAACAGAUCACGCUAAUGUUGAUAACGAUGCUCAUUCAGAACCCAGUUUGGCGUGGAAUGCAGCCUCGGCGACUGGUCAUGUCGUGACUCCCAGUCGCUGGAAAGAUGAUAGUCGCCCUCACAGCCAAGGCGAAAACGUAAUCACUUUCUCACCAUCAUCAGGACACCGUCGUAAUCGCUCAGAACAACUUGGCCGCGGCAACAACACUGAUUACUUGCAAAUCGCCAAAGAGGCACUAUUCCCCCAAACCGAAGAACAUUCUCAGGCUGGACAGGAAGGAUCGGGUAAUGGUGGCCAUGAGAAUGAGGAUGGGGGAUCAAGCCAAGCUAGCCCUGCCGAAUCUACUCAUAACCUCGGAAGUACAGGUCUAAUAACAUCUCCGCCAUCUGCUGCCACUAUGUCAACUACAUCCAUCGAUGAGUGUGCUAGUGGAACAUCUCGUAGUGCUUCACAUCCCAGCAUACCUUCGGUCGUGUCAGGGGCUUCGUCUCUCUCCAAUGAUGGACUGAACAUCCAUAUAAAGGAACGGGAGAAAGAUACGGACUCGGUUGCGUACGUUCCUCCCAUUCUGCGGACCGGUGAUACGAUCACUGCCAGAAAUUAUCGUCAUCAUCGUUCCCCCGAGGAUGAAGAGUACCGGUACGACUGUGAUGACGAAGAUGGCGAUUCGGAAGAUGAAGGCAUUGUCUUCGGCAAAAAGAAAGAGAAAGCACAGUUUUGAUUUCAUUUACGAGGUCUCUAUAGACAUCACUCUUGGUUGGCCUCAUGACCUUUUCUACCUUUGAUGACACUUGGAUUUUCCACGGCUGUCUGUUCUACUGGACUUCAGAUCCCCUUUCAAUUACGAUAAAGAUAUUUUAUAUCAGCAUUAUGAGCUUUGGGU